CUAAAUAAACCCCACUCAUAUGGCCUUUGCAUAUUGCAUCCUUCAUUUGCAUGUUAUUCCUUCUCUUUCUCUCACAAGAAGAAACACAAAUAUCAAUUAUCAAUGGCAGUUGAAGCUCCACAUCUGACCCUCAACCCUUCUCAAUUUCUUCCAAACAGGGACAUGAUUGAUCAUCAACCCAACGCAGUAACAUAUGGAAUUGCUCCGCUUGCCAUGAUUCCGAUGUAUGGUGCCGGAAUGACGGAUUCCUUUCCCACGCCUGCUUUCAAGGCAGACAGCGGACUUACCUCCAGCCUUCCAAGGAAACGACCACGCCAUGAUGCUCACGUUUCUUCUUUUACUCCACCCUUCUCCCUUCCAAACGCUCCGAUUGUUAAUGAAAACGAACAUGGCACAUUCGCGUUUUUCGGUGAAGAUAUCGCAUCGCACAUCUAUCAACAGCAAUUAGAGAUUGAUCGCUUCGUUUCUCAUCAUACUGAGAAGGUGAGGACGGAGAUCCAGGAGAUGCGAAAGAGAAACUCGAGGAGAUUAAUAGCAGCAGCCCAGGAAGGGAUAAUGAAGAGACUGAAAGCGAAAGAAGAUGAAAUCGUGAAGAUCGGACAAAUGAAUUGGUCUUUAGAAGAAAAAGUGAAAUCUCUAAACGUAGAAAAUCAAAAAUGGAGAGAGUUAGCUGAAACCAACGAGGCAACAGCCAACGCCCUACGAAACAAUCUCCAACAAGUCCAAGAACAGCUUCAGCUACAACAGCAUUACAGUCUCGAUUUCAAUAACAAUUGUGCCUCAAUCGAUGACGCUCAAUCACACUGCGGAAGCAACAAUGAACUAGAUCGUAUGUUAGCGGAGGAAAGCGGAGGAGAGAGAAAGAAUAGGAGCAGGUACGGCGGAAUGAACAGGCGAUGCCGAAAUUGUGGGAAGGAAGAGUCAUGCGUGUUGCUGCUUCCUUGCAGGCAUCUGUGCAUGUGUACCAUCUGUGCCUCUAGUAUCAGCAUUUGCCCCGUCUGUAAAUCAAAAAAAUCUGCCGGUGUUCAUGUGAACAUGAAUUAA